AUGUCUCAGAUGUGGCAAGUGAAGCUUGUUUUAUUCGGUCUAUUAAUGAUCAGUGAAUUAUCGUAUACUGAGUCGUUGAGAAAGAGGAUUGGCGGUCAAGCAUAUUUACCUUUCAAAGGGAAGACCUACUCUUUAAGUCCAGACUACACAUUAACAAUCGAGGAAGACGAUUGCACAGAAACGGUUUCAUUGAAACCACCAACUGAAAGAGAACUGAAGAGGAAGGCAGGAUAUCGUCAAGUGACAAGGCUCUGUUCAAGCUGGAGUAAGAUAAAAUGA